AUGCUGUUAGCCAUCAUUGGACUCUGGAUCAUAAUCGACCACGAGCUCUCACGAGACCGCUAUUUAUCAAUCGACCUCAUUGACUUCUCCUCUCAUUCAGGCACGCACGAAGCAUCUAUUCUGUUACCAAACGAAGCAGAGUCAAUAUGCCAUAACAAUGGCUUUGCUCCUCUGAGUGCACAGCACAGCAGGAGGAAGAUCUACGACCUGGUCCUCAUAUCCACAGAACUAGAUUGGUUAGAAAUACGCCUGCACACCCUCUCACCCCACAUCGACUACUUCGUCAUCAUCGAAUCGCCCACAACAUUCACUGGAAAGCCCAAACCCCUCUACCUGCAACAAAACUGGGAUUUGUUCAAAGAGUUUCACCACAAGAUUAUUUAUCGUGUUGUGGAAGAUCGGGCUCAAAGCCGAUGGAUCUGGGAUCAUGAGGAUUAUUUGAGGAAUGCGCUGUUCACGGCGGUGUUUCCUGGGUUGGACGGAACGGAACAAGAGGCGAAGGAUGGGGAUGUGUUGAUUGUGAGUGAUAUGGAUGAGAUUGUUAGGCCUGAGGUCAUGCUUGUGCUGCGACAUUGCGAUAUUCCGACUCGCUUGACGCUGCGUACGCAAUUUUACUAUUACUCGUUCCAAUGGCGGCAUCGAGGACCGCAGUGGGGACAUCCUGAUGUCACGAUAUAUCGAGGUCAACAGACGAUUCUGCCAAACGAUCUUCGACAAGGGCUGCUAGGGAGUGGAUGGAUGCCCAUUGCUGCAAUGCGUCGCUGGUGGAACAGAGCCACGCUUUGGAACGCAGGCUGGCAUUGCUCUAGUUGUUUCGCGACGGUGGCCGAGAUGCACACCAAGAUGCAGAGUUUUUCUCAUCAGAACUGGAAUACUGAAGAAAAUCGUGACUUGCGCAUUAUGAUCGACCGAGUCCGGCAUGGUCUGGAUCUGUUUGGCAGAGCAGAUGAGCUGUAUGACAGGACCGAGGACAACAAAGACGUGCCGUCUUAUAUCACUGCACAAUAUGAGCAGAAGGGGAGGUUCAAGUAUCUCUUGGAUCGCGAUGGAGAAGACGCAGGCUUUGAUGAUGUCUCGCCUGCCACUUAG